AUGGAAUAUAACGGUGGCUCCGUCAUAGCCAUGGUGGGGAAGGAGUGUGUUGCCAUUGCUUGCGACCUGCGACUAGGGAACCAGUCGAUGGGUAUCUCGUCAAAAUUUGAGAAGGUGUUCCCGAUGACAGACAGAGUAUACCUUGGUCUUCCGGGUCUCGCGACAGACGUUCUAACACUGCGAGAACAAUUCCGAUACCGCCUGAACAUGUACACAAUCAAAGAAGAGCGCGAGAUCGAACCGGAGACCUUCGCGCACCUCGUUUCCUCGACGCUCUAUGAGCGGCGGUUCGGACCGUACUUUAUCGAGCCCGUCAUCGCAGGGCUACAGAAGACUGCGGCAGGUGGUUAUAAGCCGUUCAUCGCCGCCACAGACCUCAUAGGUUGCAUCAACUUCGCCAAGGACUUCGUCGUGUCCGGCACCGCGAGCAGCAAGCUGUUCGGUAUGGCGGAGGGGCUGUGGGAGCCCGAUCUGGAGCCCGAGGAUCUCUUCGAGACGUGUGCGCAGACGCUGCUGAAUGCAGUCGACCGCGAUGCGUACUCAGGCUGGGGGGCGGUCGUGCAUGUUAUAACGAAAGAUAAGGUGAUCAAGCUUUUCUCUGGACCACCCGGUGUUCUGCAAGCUGCCAAACCGAUGAUGUACUCCUCGGUUAGAUUCUUCACAUUCGCCCUUUGUCUGCUGCCUGUCAUUGGCCUGUUGGUCCACAUCGUUCCCUACUUCAUCGACGCCCAUGGUCUGCGCCAGUACCCUGGUCCUUUCCUCGCGAAAUUCACCGAUGGUUGGCUCUUCUGGGUAUCCCACAAUUCCACAAGGAGCUACGCUGUCGAUGAGCUGCACCAGAAAUACGGACCUUUCGUACGCAUUGCGCCAAACCACAUCUCCGUUGCAUCCCCCGCGGCGGUGUCUGCCGUCUACGGCCAUUCGUCAGGCACGACCAAGGCAUCCUUCUACGACAUCUUCAAGGCUUUCCGCCGCACACGCGGCAUAUUUAACACACGGUCCCGCCCCGAACAUGCACGUAAGCGCCGCGUCAUGGCGCACAUGUUUGCGCCCCAGAGCGUGCUCGCGUUCGAGGAACAGGUUCGCGGUUAUCUGAGCACGUUGCUGAAGCAAUGGGAUUCUCUGUGUGUCAAAGCGGGGUCCGCGAAUAAUGCGAAGGGCACACUGGGGUACAGCGCCUGGGAGGUGCGUGGCGACUACGUCUGGUUUGAUGUGCGAUUCUGGUGCAAUCUAUUCACGUUUGAUGUCAUCGGCGAACUUGCCUUCGGCUCUUCCUUCGGCAUGCUCGUGCGCGGCGAGGACACCGUGCGAAUAGCCAAGUCCGCGAAAGCGGGGAUGGCCUCGUAUGCGCUCCCCGAGGCCACGGUAGCGAAGGACCGCACCGAGUACGAAGUCAAAGAGGUCUCCGCCAUUGAGAUUCUUGGCCUGCGCGGUCAGAUGGCGGGGACCGUGGGCGUCCUGCCACAAUACAUGCGUGCGCUCAUGCAGCGUCUGCCGAAGUAUAACCGAGGCGCCAAGGCAUUAAGUGAGCUGACUGGCAUGGGCGCGGACGUCGUCUCCCGGCGGCUCGCCGCUGCGCGCCAGGAGGGGGCGGACGAGAAGAGUUUCGACGAUAUGUUUGACAGGCUGUUGAAUGGCCGGGAUGAGAACGGGGAUCCGAUGGGUCCGGAGGAGCUCACUGCUGAAGCUAUCACUCUCCUCGUCGCUGGAUCGGAUACAACUUCCAACUCCUUGUCUGCCAUCAUAUACUACCUUGCUCGCGACCAAGAGGCGCAGAAGAAACUGCAGGCGGAGCUCGACGCCGUCGCUAAUAACGACUCAAGCAUCCUGCCCUUCGAGGACAUCAAGUCGCUGCCGUACCUCGAGGCCGUCAUCAACGAGGGUCUCCGUUUGUUCACUACCCUCGGCUUUGGUCUUCCUCGUGUCGUUCCCAAAGGGGGCCUCACGGUGUUAGGGCACACCUUCCCGGGGGGCACGGAGAUCAGCGUGCCUACUUAUAGUCUGCACCACUCCAACGAGGUGUGGGGCCCCAACGUCGAUGAAUUCUACCCUGAGCGCUGGUUGGACGCCGAGCGGAGGAGUGAGAUGAUGAAGGCGUUCACCCCGUUCUCUGUUGGGCCGCGUGCGUGCAUCGGGCGCAACAUUGCUAUGGUGGAAAUGACUCUGUGCGUCGCUAACAUCUUCCGCCGCUACAACACUGUAAUCGAGCCAGGCCAGAUGCUCGAAGUGGAGGACAACAUCGUUCGCAGGCCGCGUGAGUGUGUAGCUGGGAUCAAACGCAGAUGUCUCUGA